GGCUGGACUUCCGAAUCAUCGCAGGAGUUCAGCACAGUAGCCGUUGUCAUCUUUCGCACAAAUGCAACCAACCGUCUGCCAAAGAUUUUGGAAGGAUCACAGCAAGCAAAUGACAAGCGCAUCAGUAGCCUGGGAGGCUGGGACUGGUGCAAACUUCACUCCCUGAAACCAGGAGUCCGGGAGCACAAGCACAUACUUACGGACAUACCAUCAGCCUUGCCUUUGUGAUGCAACAAAAUUUUUCCUUUCCUCGCUUCAUCGUCGUCGCCCUCUCGGCUUCUUCUUCCCCAGCGCUCCGUGCUAUAAAUACGCCCUCGUCUGCAUCUACUGCCUCCACCCAAAACGGAGAUCAUCGCUGCCCAUUGCGCCGUCGUCCCUUCCUUCCUUCCUUUCUCGGCUAGUUUCUGGGGCGCCCUCCGCCAUGGCCAGGGGAGGAGGACGAGGAGGCGGGGGAUCGCGCGGCGCGGUGGUGGACUCCAUGGCCGUCGUGCUUAUUGGCCUCGCCAUGGCGCUCGCCGCCGCGACGACGCAAGUGGCGUCGGCCGCCGGGCACGACUACCGCCAGGCGCUGAGCAAGAGCAUCCUCUACUUCGAGGCGCAGCGGUCCGGGCGGCUCCCCGGCAGCCAGAGGGUCUCCUGGCGCGCCGACUCCGGCCUGCGCGACGGCAAGGCCAACGGGGUGGAUCUUGUGGGCGGCUACUACGACGCCGGCGACAACGUCAAGUUCGGCCUGCCGAUGGCGUUCACGGUGACCAUGAUGUCGUGGAGCGUUCUCGAGUACGGCAAACAGAUGGCGGCGGCCGGCGAGCUCGGCCACGCCGUCGAGGCCAUUAAGUGGGGCACGGACUACCUGGUCAAGGCGCACCCGGAGCCCAACGUCCUGUACGGAGAGGUCGGCGAUGGUGACUCGGACCACGACUGCUGGAUGCGGCCGGAGGACAUGACGACGAGCCGUCAGGCCUACCGCCUUGACCCCCAGAACCCCGGCUCCGAACUCGCCGGGGAGACCGCGGCAGCAAUGGCGGCGGCGUCGCUCGUGUUCCGCAGCUCCAACCCCGGCUACGGCAACACUCUACUCCAGCACUCCAAGCAGCUGUUCGAUUUCGCGGACAAGUACCGGGGGCGGUACGACAGCAGCAUCACGGUGGCGCGCAAGUACUACGCCUCGUCGAGCGGGUACGGCGACGAGCUGCUGUGGGCGGCGGCCUGGCUGCACGAGGCGACCGGCGAGUCGCGCUACCUGGACUACCUGGCCACCAACGCCGACGCGCUGGGCGGGACCGGCUGGUCCAUCAACCAGUUCGGCUGGGACGUCAAGUACCCCGGCGUGCAGGUCCUGGCCGCCAUGUUCCUCCUGCGGCGUGGCGGCAACGCCGGAGCGCACGCCGACGUGCUGCGGCGGUACAAGCAGAAGGCGGACCUGUUCGCGUGCUCCUGCCUCGGCAGGGGCGGCGCCAACAGCGUGCGGCGGACGCCCGGCGGGAUGGUCUACCACCAGAGCUGGAACAACGUGCAGUUCGUGACCAGCGCCGCGUUCCUCCUCGCCGCCUACGCCGACCACCUCGCCGCGGCGGGGCAGGCCGCGCAGUGCCCGUCGGCCGGCGGGUCGUCCGCGCAGCCGUCGGAGCUCCUGGCCUUCGCUAGGUCCCAGGUGGACUACAUCCUGGGCAGCAACCCGAGGGCGACGAGCUACAUGGUCGGGUACGGCGCCACGUACCCGCGGCAGGCGCACCACCGCGGCGCCUCCAUCGUCUCCGUCAAGGCCAACCCCUCGUUCGUCAGCUGCCAGGCCGGGUACAGCAGCUGGUACCACCGCCGGAGCGCCAACCCCAACCUGCUCGACGGCGCCACCGUCGGCGGGCCCGACGAGUACGACAACUUCGCCGACGAGAGGGAUAACUACGAGCAGACGGAGGCCACCACCUACAACAACGCCCCGCUCAUGGGCGUGCUCGCUCGGUUGGCCGCCGGUCACGGCGGCGGCCGGUUUGGUCACCACUCUGUCGCCGCCGAUUUGCCUGCAGAAGCUUCUUCCUCCACGGCCAUUAAUCGGACCUCACUGCCAUCUCCUACUCCGGCAGCUCCUGAGCACGCGUCGCCCAUUGAGAUCGAGCAGAACGCGACGGCGUCGUGGACGGAGCGGGGCAAGACGUACCACCGGUACGCGGUGACGGUGACCAACAGGUCGCUCAUCAAGACCGUCCACGAGCUCCACAUCGGCAUCUCCAAGCUCUACGGCCAGGUGUGGGGCGUCGACAAGGCGCGGUACGGCUACGUGCUCCCGAGCGGGCUGCCGUCGCUGCCCGCCGGCAAGAGCGCCUCGUUCGUGUACGUCCAGGCCGCGCCGCCGGCCGACGUCUGGGUCACCGGCUACAAGCUCCUCUGAUACGGCACCCGAAGUAGCGAGUGGCCCUUUGUGUGUGUGUUUAUUAUGUGGAAGGAGUGAAAUGGAGGUUUACAAAAAAAGGGGGCAACGAGUGAUGGGGCUAGUAACGAUCUCGGUCAUCCUCAUUGUCCAUUAAUAUAGAAGUUAAGCAUUCAGCAGCUAUAGUGUGUUGCUUGUUUAGUUGUGUGGUGAUUGGAAUUGGAAUAGUAAGAUGAAUUGUAUGCUACAAUACAACAUAAUGGAAUUUGAGUUCUAAAAAAA